AGGCCUUCCAACUGGAGUCGUCCAAAUGAGAAAUUGACACUGAACUUCAGUUGUCUGGGAGAGUUUCACUGGGAAAAGAAGUGGAUCAAAGUUUUUUUGCGCGCCAAAAUGACCAAUUGGAGGGAUGAAUUUGCAACUCCGGCUGAACGCCUGGCAUCCCUCAAAGGGAAGACCACUCUAUCCGACAUGACCUUCAUUGUGGGCAGUAGUGAGACAAAAAUUCCUGGACAUCGUUUUGUGCUGAGUCUUGUGAGUGAGUCUUUUGAGUCAUGUGACCGUGAAAUCCGCAUCGCUGACUUUGAGGUGGAGAUCUUUAUGGAAUUCCUCGGGUAUGUCUACUCUGGUGAGGUGACACUGUCGGACACCACAGCCCUUGAGAUGCUGAAACUGGCGAAUAGGUACUCAGUUGACUUCCUGAAGAAGGAUUGCGUGGACUUCCUAAGGCGCAAUAUCAACGUGACCAAUGUGCUGCAGUGUCUGGACUUAGGAAUUGAGCUGGAUGUGAAAGAUCUCAAGUUUGAGAGUCUGGAUGUCAUUUCGGACUUUACCCAGGCAGUGGUACAGCAAGACGCCUUCUUGGAAAUCAGCUUAGAUACCCUGCGUCAUAUUCUUGAACUAGAUAUUAUCAUCUGUACGGAAUACGAGAUCUUCCAGGCAGCAAUGCGCUGGGCAGAUGCAGAGUGUCAUCGUCAGGGAUUGGAGGGUAACUGCGAAAAUUACAACAAGAUCCUGGGCGAUACGAUGGAUCUCAUCCGAUUCUCAGCCAUUGAACCUGAAUUCGCAGAAGAAUUUCGCAAUAUGACUGAUCAGACAAAGGAAAAGGCCAAGUAUCGCUCAUUGAGCUCAUCACUGCCGACGUUCUUCGACUAUGGUCAUGUGAAGUUGACCAUUCGAUCACCAUUGGAUCGUAUUCAUCUAUCCCCGGAAGCUGUGAGGGAGUGUUCACUUGAACUGACAUCCAACCAACUGAUCAGUGUCUUUGGUUUCGGAGUGAUUGUAGAGACAGGAGCGGAGCUAACAGGAUGGGCAGAGAUGUCCUACAAGUACGAUGGAGAUUGGGUGGAGCUGAAGAAGAAUGUUAAUGUGUCUGUGGGAUGCCGAUGGAAGUUUGGCGCCAAGCACGAGAUUGUCUUUCUACUCCUCAAAGAGAAACUAACCCUUGCCCUCAAUAACUACCUCUAUCGUAUUGUCCUGCACAAUCAAGCUGCAACGCUGACCCAAAUCCUUGGGGAUGUCUUCAAUGAAACCGUCACCGUUGAAUCCAGCGCCGAUGGAGAUGAGACCAUUGUUAAUUUUAGUCGUCAAGAAGAGAACUACAUACCAAUGAUUCUAGUUCAACAUGAAAAAUUCACUUAAUUAUUCCCGUAGACUCAUCUUAAUUUUAGCAUUAAUUAAUUCCUUUCAUAGUACGCUUAACUUUUAUUAUAUUCUUUAUAAAAAGUUAUGAAGCUAA